AAGAGAGAAAGUAAGAAAGAAAGUCCAAAAGAGCGAGGGGAGGAAACAGCAGACGUGGAGAGCCAGAGAGAGAGAGAAAGUGGAAGGGAUUGAAUGUGAAGAGGGGGAGAGACAGAGAGUGAGAGGGAGUUAGCAUAAGAGACAGGAGACAAAGAGACCAACGGAGAGUGCCAGUGAGCAGGUGAGAAGACACUGAGAAGUAUGAGAGACAGCACCUAAGGGACUAAGGAGGUGGGAGACUGUCCUCUUACCCCCUGUCAUUGGGACCCCAGAGCUGGCCCUUGAUGGAGGAGGGCAGACCUCGGAGCAGCCUCAGCCUGGCCAGCAGCGCCUCGACCAUCUCAUCACUCAGCAGCCUGAGUGCCAAGAAGCCCACUCGGGCGGUAAACAAGGUCCAUGCCUUUGGGAAGAGGGGCAAUGCACUCCGAAGGGACCCCAACCUCCCUGUGCACAUCCGAGGCUGGCUUCAUAAGCAGGACAGCUCCGGGCUCCGGCUCUGGAAACGCCGCUGGUUCGUCCUUUCUGGCCAUUGCCUCUUCUAUUACAAGGACAGCCGCGAGGAGAGUGUCCUGGGCAGCGUCCUGCUCCCCAGCUACAGUAUUAGGCCAGAUGGGCCAGGAGCCCCCCGAGGGCGGCGCUUCACCUUCACCGCAGAGCACCCGGGCAUGAGGACCUACGUUUUGGCCGCUGACACGUUAGAGGACCUGCGGGGCUGGCUGCGGGCGCUGGGCCGGGCCUCCCGCGCGGAGGGGGACGAUGGUGGGCAGCCCAGGUCACCCGCGCGUCCCCAGCCUGGGGAGGGCCCUGGCGGCCCCGGGGGUCCUCCGGAAGUGAGCAGAGGGGAGGAGGGGCGCAUCUCAGAAUCACCGGAGCUGGCCCGACUCUCCAGAGGCCGUGGCAGACGCGGGCUGCUCGCUCCCAGCCCCACAGCCGACCUCCAGUCUGGACUCCGGGUUCAGAGGGCCAGGAGCCCAGACCUGUUCACACCCCUCUCGCGCCCUCCCUCCCCUCUGAGCCUCCCCCGACCCCGUUCUGCACCUGCGCGGCGACCCCCUCCUUCCUCAGGAGACACAGCACCCCCUGCCCGACCUCACACCCCCCUGAGUCGCAUUGAUGUCCGGCCUCCUCUGGAUUGGGGCCCCCAACGCCAGACCCUCUCCCGGCCUCCCACUCCCCGCCGAGGACCUUCCUCUGAGGCCGGGGUAGGAAGGCCCCCCAGGAGCCCCCAGCCCUGGAGUCUGGAGCCCAGAACACAGGUACCCUCGGGUUCCUCCACUUAUCUCCAGCUGCCCCCGCGGCCCCCUGCAACCCAGGCCUCCAUGGUUUUAUUGCCUGCUCCUCCCCUGGAGUCAACCUUCCACCAAAGCUUGGAGACAGAUACUCUGCUGACCAAGUUGUGUGGACAGGACCGACUCCUGAGGAGGCUACAGGAGGAGAUAGACCAGAGGCAGGAGGAGAAGGAACAGCUAGAAGCAGCCCUGGAGUUGACCCGGCAGCAGCUGGGCCAGGCAACCAGGGAGGCUGGGGCUCCAGGGAGGGCCUGGGGUCGCCAGCGCCUCCUGCAGGACCGACUGGUCAGUGUGAGGGCCACCCUUUGUCACCUGACUCAGGAGCGAGAGCGGGUUUGGGACACGUACAGAGGCCUGGAGCAGGAGCUGGGCACCUUAAGAGAGACCCUCGAGUACCUGCUGCACCUCGGGUCUCCCCAGGACAGAGCAUCUGCUCAGCAGCAGCUGUGGAUGGUAGAAGACACACUGGCAGGUCUGGGUGGCACCCAGAAACCGCCCCCCCACACUGAGCCUGAGCCCCCCUCUCCUGCGCUCCACGGCGAGGAGUCCUCAGAGAGGGAGAGCCUGCCUGAGUCCUUGGAACUGAGCUCCCGUCGGUCCCCUGAGGCUGAUUGGGGGCGGCCCCCUGGGGGCGACAAAGACCUCGCCAGCCCUCACUCAGGUCUUGGGUCUCCGAGGGUCUCCCGGGCUUCUAGUCCUGAAGGACGCCACCUCCCUUCCCCGCAGCUGGGAACCAAGGCCCCCGUGGCCCGGCCCCGGAUGAGUGCUCAGGAGCAGUUGGAGCGCAUGCGCAGAAACCAGGAAUGCGGACGGCCUCUCCCUCGCCCAGCCUCCCCUCGGCUGCUCACCCUGGGGAGGACACUGUCCCCAGCCAGACACCAGCCUGAAUUGGAGCAAAGGCCUGUGCUGGGGCACUCAGGAGCCCAGAAAUGGCUCAGAAGCUCCGGGUCCUGGAGUAGUCCGAGGAACGCCACCCCUUACUUACCGACGUCCGGAGGCCACCGGGAGCGGGUCCUCAGCCUCUCCCAAGCCCUGGCCACUGAGGCGUCGCAGUGGCACAGAAUGAUGACAGGUGGGAAUUUGGACUCCCAGGGAGACCCUGUCCCCCCUGAGCCACCGCCUCAGUCGGAUCCCAUGACCCAGGAGGCGCCUCCGAGAUCUCCUCCGGUGGCUGAUUCCGGUACCGGGUUCUCACGUGGACGUAGUGGGCGUGGCGGAGGCCCCACCCCCUGGGAGCGCACGUGGGAUUCCGGGACCUCCCCUCCGGUCCCGACCCAGGAUGAGGGGGCGUGGCCCCUGCGAGUCACUCUGCUGCAGUCCAGCUUCUAACCUGCCAAACGGGGCAGCCAAUCGGAGAGGGGGGCGUGGCCUGGAGAUGCCUCUCUGGGCAUCUGGGGGAGUGGUCUGGUCCCCACAUCCGAGGCCUGGGAGGGGAGUGGUUUCCAUGUCUAAAAUUUGGUUUUCCCAACACUGUCCAAAUCUGGAUUAAAAGUUUUGACUCUUUA